GCAGAGCUGCGUUGAGCAAACGGCAGUGUAGGUACCGCUUGAAUUACGCGCUUGCUCGCAGACAUGCAAGGAUGUACCUGCCUGGAAAGUAAACGAAUAUAAAAAGCAAGCAAGAUUACAUGGAAUUCAAGAAGGACACGGACCUUCGGAUUCAGUAGGCUACCUGAUAAUAUAACCUGGUAUCUUUUCGUAGUUAACAUCAACAUUAUGUAGUUUUGAUAUAACAAAUACAUUUAGCCUAAUUAAGCUUAUUCCGCGGUAAAAACCAGAUAUGUAGUAAGGAACGUAGCUCAACGAUAUUUCUGUUUGUGUCCAUCCGUUUCUGUUCUUUUUUGCACUGUAACUGUCAGUGAUCCAACAUGGGAGGGAAUUUAGGGUGCCAUCGUUCAAUUCCUAAAGAUCCGAUGGAUUUCUGUCACAGCAAGCGCAAGUUCAGCGCAGCGUGCAACUUCAGUCACAUCAUGGUCAACCAGGAGCGACUGAACAUUAACACUGCCACCGAGGAAGAGCUCAUGACGCUGCCGGGAGUAAAUCGUACUGUUGCGCAAAACAUCGUGGAGUAUCGAGAGUGCAUCGGGGGGUUCAAGAAAGUGGAGGACCUGGCCCUGGUGAGCGGGGUGGGAGCCGCCAAAUUAGAAGCAAUUAAACUCGAGAUAUGUGUCAGCAAUCGGACAGGUUCGUCCCAACAUUCUCCCUCCUCGUCGUUGCGCAAAGACCACAACCACGAACAUCUGGCGUGCACCGGGAUGAACAUCAACACUGCCACGCCGGCGCAACUCGUCAGUAUCCGCGGCAUCACAGAGAGAAUUGCUCAAAACAUUGUCAACUACCGGAAAGCGUAUGGACCAUUUAAAAGCAUAGAGGAUCUAGUGAAAGUGAAUCAAAUAAACUGUACUCUGCUGGACAAAAUUAGAUUCCAGAUAUUUGUGGAGCGCUCUAGAACGCCUUCUACAAAUACCAACGGUGGGUUUGCCUGCACUAGCAAGUCUCACGCCAGUCCAACUUCUCUCAGCCUUCAGAGUGAGGAUCUCGAUCUUCCGCCAGGUGGUCCGACACAGAUCAUCUCAGCACGGCCCAAUGUGGAAGUAUUCUCUGGAAUGCGUGACAACAAAGCGGUUGUCCGAGUGGCAACCUGGAACUUGCAGUGCUGUUCGGUUGAGAAGGCAAACAACCCCGGCGUGAAGGAAGUUGUAUGUAUGACACUACUUGAAAAUGGCAUCAAGCUUUUAGCAGUUCAAGACCUGGCCGACAGAGAGGCUCUGGAGAAGUUCUGUGUGGAGCUGAACCAGGGAACUUUGCCCAGUGUCCGGAGGUGGAGGGGCCCAAAGGGGGUGUGGAAAUGCUUCGUCUCUGAAAUUGCAACAGGACAGCUACACAAGGCAGAGUUUUCCGGGUUCCUUUGGGAUAGCACCUCUGGGAUCGAGCUGAAGGACGCAUUCCUCCUGGAGAGUCCUGUUGUCAAUGGCAAUGGGAGGCACCCAAAUCCCAAGCCAUACCUUGGACAUUUCAAUAUGGGGUCGUCAGAGGUGACCGUUGUUAAUGUCCGGUUGAAAGCUCCGUCAUCGAAGGGGGAAGUGAACGGGAGGAAUCACUUUGAUGAGCACAAGUGCUUCGCUGACAGUGCUCUGGAGAAACUGAGAGGAGAAAGGGACCUUUUGGUGCUGGGAGACUUUGGGCUGCCCCCAGACAGUGGAGAGAUGGAUCUUCUAAAGAAGGAGAAGCUGAGUGCUCUAGUCCCGGCGACUGUUUUCACCAACAUUAGCACCAAGACCCCCCAGGGCUCCCUCUGUCUGGACAACAUCUGGGUCAGCCGAUCGCUCAAGAAGGUCUACACAGGUCACUGCUUGGUGGUGCGAGAGGGUCUGACCAAUCCCUGGAUCCCUGACAACUGGUCAUGGGGCGGAGUGGCAUCAGACCACUGUCCUGUCAUGGCUGAGUUUUUCAUCGACAGGACCCAGAAGGAGCCGAUCCAAAACGGGAACAGUGUCGCAGUGGUGGAACGAGGGGAACCCAUGUCCAAACACGAGCGGUGACACACCUAUUCUUCCUGGGAUAUGCAGACCACCUGACAGGUCAUGCAGGACGUGCACAUGUCAUGUGAUGGAAUUGUGCAACUUGACCUACCAAUGUGAACAGCACCAAGAGUGCCUUUUAUCUUCCCUGUACAUCACAAACGACAACAUAGUAUUAUUAAAUUGUUUUCAUGAAAAAGAUGUUCAUGAUUUUUUGAUGUAGGGGACAUUAAAAUGAAGGUGACCAUGUGACAUUAAAAGAUUCACUUCUUCCAUGGUAAACAUUUUCCUGGAGAAGGACUUUUUCAAUAAAGUUGGACACCUGACACAUGGUUGCCAUGUAUCAGAGGAAUGAUAUUUCUGACUUGGUGGGGUGUUGGGUAAUUCUUUAAUAAGAACGCAUAGCAGUUGAUUACACAGUUACCUCACCUAAA